ACCAGCGAAAGACGUCACAUUCUGUGGGCUCAUCAUGAUACCUGGUGCUUGAUAUAUGUCCUGUAUUUUCAAAGCGUUCAGGACAUCCACAUUGAAACAUGAACGCGCGUAAUACAUGCAUUACACCUCUCACCGACAAUCUUGUCUUACUUAUAUCCCCGAUUCGAGGACCGUGCACUUCCAAACGACACGUUUCAUAGUACGUGUCAAACUUGCGACGAAUCCUUCAGACUGUCCCUCAUCACACGAGUGCCUGUGCAACGAGCAUUAUUCUUCUCUGAUUGGUGCCGAUAUUCAACACCACAACAACCUAUACCGCAUUGCAGUAACCGCCUUGUACCACGGCCACGAAGCUGGGCUUCGGUAAACAGUCCUUGAGGACUUCAUUCGUCAAUCUAAGGACGAAGGCAUAUCUGUUCAUGAAAAUCUAUGUGUUCACCAUGCCAGCUCAACAAAGUGUGCUUGAUCGCCUGAGAUCAACAGAAGCGUCCAUUGAAAAGGUGCUAGAAUUGUGUAAAGUCCCGUCAAUAUCGGUUGGCGUAUUACAUGAAGGAGAAAAGAUCUACACGAAAAGCUUUGGAUACCGCGACAUCGAAAACCAGCUCAGUGCCGAUGAAAACAGUCUGUACAUGCUCGCAUCAGUGUCUAAACAUUUCUUGGUAGCCGCGGUUGGUAUUCUUGUUGAUGCUGGCAAGAUGAAGUGGGCGGACCCAGUCCGGCUCCAUGUUCCGAACUUCGACCCCAGGGGCGACAAACGUAUAGGGAAGCAUGCAACCUUUACUCAGAUCCUGCGACAUUCAGGCGGCCUUUCGAACCCAGUGGUUUCGAUGCUAGGGCCCAAUGGGUCUGUCAUACUUCAGCCAGAAUAUUUCAUGGAACUCGUCAAUGAGAGCCCCACGGGUAAUGGCAAGAUCCAAUACUAUGAGCAAACCUGGGAAUAUAGCAACGUGGGAUACGGUGUUGUUGCUCUUGCGGUUGAGAGAAUAUCCGGUAUGCCAUAUGCCGAGUUCAUUCAAAAGGAGCUAUUGGAUCCUUUGAAAUUGAACCGAACUAUCGUGACCGAGGAAGGUUUCAAGAAUGACGAUAACGUGGCUUUCCCAUAUGCUCAAUUGGAUGACGGUUCUUGGACGAGACUGUCGCACGAGUGGACUUCCGAAAAGAACACUCCAGUGCUUGCAGCAUUUGGCAAACGAAGCUCUGUAAACGACUUGCUACUGUGGUGUGCGGCGAUAAUGGGCGCGGAAGACACUGAGAAGAAAGAUGAGCAUUUUGGAAUUCUCUCUGCCAUCGGAAAAAAUCCUUUGAAAAAGAUGCAAACGAUAAGAUGGGGUCACUGGACUCGGCCGCAUAAUGAUAGGUUCCAAAAUCAAUCCGAAUAUUGUUUAGGAUGGUUUCGUGCAGUAAUGCCAUCUUGCCAGGUCUCAUGGGGCUCCUAUAAUACCCCCUUCGACCAAGAACCAGAUUUGUUUGAGUAUAUUCUCGGAGUCGACUCACCCAAAAGAUUAGACAUCAAGCACACGGGAUUGGGUGCCGGCGUGUCUGUCUCUGUUCACACCUUUCCGGAGAGCCGCAGCGCUGUAAUUGCACUCAGCAAUGGACUGAACGUCGGUGAUGCCAGCGAUUUUGCAACACAGAUUCUUAUUCAGGAACUCUUCGACCUUCAGCCGCGUAUAAGUCUGCUGCCUUUAGUAGAACGCGAGGUCGCGAAACGCGGCAAAGAAUUCGAGGAUACAAUAAUGAAAAAAUGGCACGAACAUCGAGAUACUUCAACCCCGGAGAAGCCGCACGUGGACUUCACAGGAGACUACAGGGGGCUUGGCAUAACCUUGACAGUCCGACAGAACGAAGAUACGAGUAUAUUGGAGCUGGUCUUCAACGGCCGCGAAGACAUCUGCGUGCCUUUGCAAUACUACAACGUCGACAAAUAUUCCUACAUGCCAACAGCGCGGGAUGAGUGGUUGAAAGGUGGUUGGCUGGACUGGGACUACUACAUGGUUGGGAUUCUUGAUUUCAAACGAAAUGACAGCGGCGAAAUCGAUUCACUUGAGUGGCAGUGGGAGCAGCCAUCACUACCAACCCGGUUCUGGAAGGAAGGUCAUAGCUCCCUUUAAGCCAGUAGUCUGGAUGAAAUUCUUUCUUGCCAAAACUCAUGAGCAAAUGUAUCAUGGAGACCACGAGGAGCCAGUUGACUAUACAGAGAUCUCUUCGUGAUAGAAAU